UCCUCAUUAAAGAACCCUUGAAGAACCAUCUUUUUUAAGAGUGCAGUGAUAGGUAAGUGGGCAUUGAGGCGGGCCUUGGUUGAGAACACCUGGCAGAAGAAGUUUAGUAAAAAAUCUCAGCUAAAGUUCAGACAAACCUGUCAGACUCGCCUGGCCGCGCAUGUCCCGACAAAAACCUCUAGGGGGCGCCAAAGAGAGACUGCAACAACAAGUAGGCGCUUUGUGUGACCGCCUAUUUUUUUCCCACCUGUAUUCCGACAAAUCCCAUCCACUGCGUUGUUAUUGGCUGAUAUUAUCAUGUACUUCGCUACGAUUGGCUAGCAGUCUCGUGUUCUUUCGGGUUGAUAGGAUGAACAACUGGCGCACUUGAGCAGACGGAGCCGACACUUUCAGCCAAUCAAUGGCAGGAGGGCGUGGCUUGUCUUAACUCGGGUGUAAAAGGAAAUAAAGACCGCGGAUUUGGCCGUGACGUAUUAAAGGAAAGAGGAAAAGAUGCUUAAAGCUUUUGAAGCCGGAGUUCCGACGUUCAGACCACGUUUUGGUGACUCAGGCAGCGGAUCCAGAGACGGAGGCGACGUUUAGACCGAGUCAUCGGUGUCAGAGCGCGACAGCAGAGCCGCCGGAAAAGAGAGGAAAGAGAAGACAGAGAGGAAGGAGAGGAGGAAAGAGAGAGCCAUGUCGAAUCUGAAGAAGAGAAGCUCCGGCGCGUCCGGGGACCGAGACGAGGACAAGCAGGUGACCGAGAAGAUGCUGUCCUCGGGCGGGGAGAACGGCAGCGCAAGCCGGACUGAGAGCGAGGCUACCCGGAGCCCCGGGAGCGAGGUGGCCGCGGCGGCGGACGGGGAGGAGACGGUGGUGCUGAAGAGGACCAUCACGCUGACGAACGGCGUGGCCAUCAUCGUGGGCACCAUCAUCGGCUCCGGGAUCUUCGUGACGCCCACCGGCGUGGUGAAAGAGGCCGGGUCCGUGGGGCUGUCCCUGGUCGUCUGGGCAGUGUGCGGCGUGUUCUCCACGGUGGGCGCGCUGUGCUACGCCGAGCUGGGGACCACCAUCACCAAAUCCGGCGGAGACUACGCCUACAUCCUGGAGGUCUACGGCUCCCUGCCCGCUUUCCUCAAGCUGUGGAUCGAGCUGCUCAUCAUCAGACCCUCCUCGCAGUACAUCGUCGCCUACGUGUUCGCCACCUACCUGCUGAAGCCCAUCUUCCCCUUCUGCCCAGUGCCGGAGACCGGGGCCAAACUGGUGGCGUGUCUCUGCAUCCUGUUGUUAACUGCUGUGAACUGCUACAGUGUUCGUGCAGCCACUCGGGUCCAGGAUGCCUUCGCUGCUGCAAAGCUACUCGCCCUGGGGCUCAUCAUCGUCAUUGGCUUUGUGCAGAUUGGCAAAGGUGACACUGUUGCCCUCCUGCCUGAAAACUCUUUCAAAGGAUCCAAUAGUGACUUUGGUAACAUCGGUUUGGCUCUCUACAGUGGACUCUUUGCAUAUGGAGGCUGGAAUUACUUGAAUUUUGUCACAGAAGAAAUGAUAGAGCCAUACAGAAACCUGCCCCGUGCCAUUAUCAUCUCCCUGCCCAUCGUCACCUUAGUGUACGUGUUGACCAAUCUGGCGUACUUCACCACUCUCAGCCCAGACGACAUGCUGAGCUCCGAAGCUGUGGCUGUGGACUUUGGAAACUAUCACCUCGGCCCCAUGGCCUGGAUCAUCCCUGUGUUUGUGGGACUGUCCUGCUUUGGAUCUGUCAAUGGCUCACUGUUUACAUCAUCCAGACUGUUCUUUGUGGGAUCGCGGGAAGGACAUCUUCCCAGCCUGCUGUCCAUGAUUCACCCAAACCUGCUGACCCCACUGCCCUCUCUCAUCUUUACCUGUGUGAUGACUCUCCUCUACGCCUUCUCUAACGACAUCUUCUCAGUCAUCAAUUUCUUCAGCUUCUUUAACUGGCUCUGCAUCGCCUUGGCCAUCCUUGGAAUGAUGUGGCUGCGCUACAAGAAACCGGAGCUGGAGCGGCCAAUCAAGGUGAACAUCCUGCUGCCCAUUUCUUUCGUGUUAGCAUGUCUGUUCCUCAUCGUGGUGUCCAUCUGGAAGACCCCUGCUGAGUGUGGUAUUGGAUUAGCCAUCAUCAUCACCGGGGUGCCCGUCUACUUCUUCGGGGUUUGGUGGCAGAACAAGCCCAAAUGGCUCCUGCAGGCCAUCUUUUCAACCACAGCGACUUGUCAGAAGCUGAUGGAGGUGGUGCCUCAGGAGUCUUGAAGACCAACCGGACAGUCGGAAGCCCUCUUUCUGCGCACAAAAACAAAAAAGACUGUACCUUUCCUCCCCGUCGACCUCCCCCUACCUCCACCAAGCAGACUUUCAGCCUGUCCCCGUGGUUAAACGGCUAAAAAACCCAUGGCUAGGACGUGACCCUGUACCUGUACCUGACGGGGGAGUGAAGAGUGCAGCAGGUUAUUGGAACCAGGGUCUGCCAAGAUUCUUUCUUUUUUUAAACUCUUUAUUUAAUUGUUUCUGUUGCUUUGUAUGGUCUUUACAUUUCUGAGUACCAGCUUUUCUUUUGACAUUCCUCCACUAGUCGUAUGACCUCUGUGCGUGGUGUGAGGCUGCAUUCAGAAUCGCCCCCUAGUUCAAGAAAUAGUGAACGUUUAUAGUGUAUCAGCCAUUUUGAAGUGGCGUUGGAAAGAUGUUUUGCUCAUUCCGUGGUCGUCCCCCGGCCAGUGCACUAUUUAGCCAACUAUGUAGUGAAAAGUGAGCGAGUUAAUGAGUGAAGCAUUCUGAACACUGCGCAUGUAUAGUAGUGGCAUCAAUAGGGACAGCAGCAGUGAGACAGUGAGUCGGUCAGCGUAGCAUUCACUGUUAAAUAAAAAGCUGUUGAUUAUGGGCUUGUGUGUAAGUAAUAGCUUAUAUAGUUGUAUGCAAGGCAAUGUGUGCAUUGGGCCGAUAGUGGCUCAUCAUUGCCUGGUUUAUAGAGACACAUUAUUCUCUUUCAAAACUUGUCUGAUGUUGACAGCGGCAUUUACACUAAAUUCAUAUCUGUACCCUUUUUUUUUCACCCGGUCUUGCCGAUAUGAGCAGUAUGCUGUGCCUUGUCUAUCCACGUAGUUAUCUGAUCGUUUUUCUUUAGACUUUUUACGUCUAGAGAAUUGUUUUUUGAAGAUAGUCAGUUAGAUUUUGAUCCUAUGGAAUAUCCCUUUACAGUUGGGCAAUGCAUGCAGUUGCAAUCACAUUUUGCAUAUUCAUUGUCAUUGAAGGUUCGUAAAAGCUCUGUCAGUCCCACUGGCCUCCAUAGCCUUGUUGCCGUAUCGUACCUCUUUAAACUUACAACAUUCAUCUUAAGAACUGUAUAUUUUGUGUGGCUACCUGAGAUCAAAUGCAUGAAAACAACUGGGAUAGUGCUUAACCGUUAACUAUAACUUAAAAAGUGCAGUUUUGGCCUUUGCGGUGUGUUAAUCAUUAAAUCCCACAGCAGACUCAUUCUAUAUAGCGGCUGGCUACUUCACCACAAUGAAACAUUUCUCAUUGUGUGCUGGAGUUAGAAGAGUUUUCGUUGUGCAUGUUUGAGUGUGCUGCCCAUCUUCGAUCGGCAGUUUUUUUGUUUUAUGAGUGUUAUGGUAAAUCAUAAGUCUUCUCAUAGCGAGACAGUUUGUGGCCAUUUCCACACAGACAGAGCUCUAACUAUCAAAGUUAGUUCUUGUAAUUAAUGAUCACAGCGACAGUUCAAAAGCUGCAGUUACUGUCUUUGUCAGGAUAAUGAAGCCCUGUUCAGAGUAAAGAUCAGUGUUUAUCUGGACUUGGACAUUUUUCCAGUUUUCAGUAUGAGCGGACAGCAUUAUUAUUUCAUUAUUAUGCAGAAAACAGCAUAUGUACGUAAACUAUGCUGGCCCUAGCACUGUGCCCUGAGGCACGCCGAAAGGAAUUUAAUAUAGACAAUGUUCUUUUAUUCACUCUGCAGCUCAAAAAUGAUGCAAUGUUCUGUACAAUUGUUAAGAUUUCUCGAGCUAAACCUCCUGCAAACAAAAUUUAUUUUAUUAUUGAAAGCUAUUUAGAUUUAGGACCCAAAGUUCAAACUUCCAGUGCCUCAGUUACGGCGACUGAUGGAAUCUAAAUAAUUGUUCUGCAGUGUGUGUGUGUGUACAUGUGUGUGUAUGUGUGUUUGUGAAUGCUGAAUGGAAUCAUGGGUAAGGUUAAGCACAGUGUAUCACUGGUUUACCCAAUUUAACCGGCCCGGUGGAGUUUUUGUCCAUCAGAUGGAACUGUAGCUCUAAGCCAUUAACUCUAAUAUAUAUUUUUCAGAAGCUCUGUUUAGAGCGACGCAAAUGACAGUUUUUUCCGUUGUGAUGUUAUUUUUUUUUUUACUUAUAUAUACAAAUGGUUCAGAGACCAUUAUUUUGUGGGGAUCAUGUUUUUUCUCCUGAUGGACACUCGCUCCACUGGGCAGUUUUAAGAGGCUGAUUAGAUGUUCACAUGUCAGCUUACAUAUACAGUGGCAAUGUUUUACCUGUGAAGAAGUGCUGGUUUUGUGAUGAAACUGGUAUAGAACGGCUAUUUUGUGUGUGUGUGUGUGUGUGUGUGUGUGUGUGUGUGUGUUGGCAGGUUGUGUUGCGCUGGUGAUGUUUUUCUCAUUCUGAUUCACUACCAGAGGGAGUUGUAUUAGCCAUGGGCAGAAGUGGGGAAUGGGGGUAUUUCUGGAAAAAGGGGGUAGAUCGGAAUGGAGGGACAAAGCAAAUCCCAUGUGUGGUCGUGGUGGGGACGGAAGGGCGGGGCGGGUAAUAGGUUCGGGGUUUGAAGUGUCAUAAAAUAUAAAUAGAUGGUUUUUUAUUUGUAUUCUUGUUGUUUUCUGUUUGUUUUUAAUAUUUUUGCAAAUGCAGUGUAGUGAGUUUACUGCUCCCCUCCCACAGUAGAGGUAAAAAGAAUUAUGAAGUCUUUUCCGAAGUGCGAUGUAGAAACACUGAGAGACUGACUGGACUCCUCUCCUUCCUACCUUGUGAUGUACGCGUCCCAGCCGUUUCGGCAGAGGUUUGGAGAAUAUUUUCUGUGUAUGUUGGAAGCCUAUAGCCAUGUAACUAACACUCCAGCUAACCAGAUGACUAAUUUAAAUAGUACUGUAGAAAGUUACUUGCGUAUUUAUUUAUUUGUAGGGAUUUAGAUAGUGCUCUAAUAUUUUUACAGGGCAUUUUUGAAAUUGUUUCAGAAAUGAAUUGCUGUUCUAAUUAUUAGUGUUCAUUUUCAUUUUCUCCCUUCGGAAAUCUGCUUUGGUCUCUAAUUUUGAGUCUUUGGUAUGUUUUAGCUCAAAGAGCUGUCUUUCUGCUGUUUUUUUACUCGGAGGAUCUCUCAUCAUCCUGUUUGACUGUGUUUCCACUGACGGGUAAUGUUUGUCUCUGUGAAUUCCUACUGAUAGUCCACAGAUAGUGUGACUUCACGUUCUGACCCGAGUCUGCCCUGAAAGUCAGCGAUGUCUCUGUCAGUGAGAAAUCAAACACUCCACGAAUAUCCUGUUUUAAUCAGCCAUGAAAGGACGAGGUACAGUCAUAUGCAAAAGUUCAUGCAUGCCUGGUCAGAUGAGACGCUGUUGUUGAUUUUCUAGGUGAAAAUAAGUGAACACACCCUCUACAGUGAACACACUCCUGCACAUUUUACUGCUUCACUGCUUAGUUACUGCUUAUUUCCUGCUUUUAACAUAUUGGGGAACACAUAAAACAUAUAAUGUGGCUUGUGUAGAAGUUAUGGCACAUUU